AGCAUUCAUUUCAAACUGGAUCACAAGCAGGGUGCUGAAAACUCCUCUCAAAGGCUCCAGUUUAGGAAAAGUAUCUUCAAAAGUAUCGGGCGGUGCUGUUGAAAGGUCGCUCAGAAUGAGAAGGAGAGGAAGUUAUGAUGGCACCACUGCCCCCAUACAGCCACACCUGCGGGGUCUGGCUCAGAGGAGACGUUCUGCACCAAACCUGGUGCUGGGAAAGGCUUUAGGAAUGUCUUGGAGCCCAAUAAGGGAGGAAGCUCCAUGUCUGGUGGCAGUGGAUCAGUGUCCCUUUGUGCUGGGACUGACCAAUGAGAACUCAGAGCUGAUUCUGGAUGAAUGUGCUCAGCUGACCGAAGGACUGAAGACCAGGGAAAGACACCUGUUCCUCCUCAGUGACACCCUGGUCAUUGCCAAGCUCAAGUCAAAUGCAAGUUACAGAUUGAAACACAGAAUUAGUCUAAAGGACCUGUGGGUGUGCAGCUUUGAAAAUGAAGAUGAGGAGGCAGAAGACGAAGAUACAGAUGUUGAUCUAAGGACAUCCUUCGUAUUGGCUUGGUCUGUCUCUCUGUGCCUGGUGUCGUUCUGUCUGCCUGAGCUAAAGGAUCACUGGUUAGAUACUCUACACAGAAAAACUGCAGAGGCAAGAUCGAGUGCAGGCAGCACUUCCCCACCGCCCAGCGUCCUCAUGAAGGUGCUGAGUGGCAAUACCACGAAUAAAACUCUAAGCGGAGUUGGGAUGGACUCUGGCGUAGAGUUGCCUUUUGAUGGCAACGGCAAAAUCUCCACCCUCUCAAAGCAGUUGCAUAACCAGGAGACACAUGCACAGCAGCCUAUUGUAGAGAAUGGAGGCAAAAGGAACUUUUUCCCAUUUAAGCUGAAGAGAAGCUCUACAAACCCAAGCUUUCCUGCUCAUCCUGAGUCCAGUGUGAAGAACUUGUUGUUUGGACGACAUCUACAAGAUGACACCACACUUCCAAAACCAAUUACUGUACGUCAGUGUACUGUAUUGAUGUAUUGUUGUUUAUAUCAUGUUUUUUUUUUUUUUUUAGCUUCAAAAACAUCUCCACCACAGAUGCAAUCGGAAACACUCCUGUGGUUGUUCAGGAAGGGUCCAUCUACUGAGGGUGUUUUCAGAGUCCCAUGUAACAGCAAAAACCUGAAUGCUCUCAGAGAUCAGCUGAACUCUGGGGCCGAGGUAAACAUGGAAGCCCUGCCUGUGACACUCUUGGUUGGAUUGUUGAAGAUUUACUUGAGGGAACUCCCUGGAGGCCUUCUAGUGUUUGAGCACUAUGAAAGUUGGAUCAGUGCUCUGGAGAAAGAGAGGACAGAGGAUGCGCAGAGUGAGCUGAAAAGAAUGGCUGAGAAGUUGCCCAAAGCAAACAGUCUUCUCCUGCAGCACCUGCUGUGCCUGUUUCACCACAUCAGCCAGCGUUCAGAAACCAACAAAAUGGAUGCAAAGAACCUGGCGGUGUGCAUUGCUCCAACCUUGCUGCAUCGUGACAGCCAGCCCCUAGACAGGGAUGAUGUAGAAAAGGUCACAAAACUUAUCCAGUUUCUAAUUGAAAAUUGCUGUGAGGUAUUUGGACAUACUAUCCUGAUGCUUUUUGGGGAUUUCGAGGAACAGGACUCCAUAGACAAGUCGGAUUCAGCCUCCUUGAUGUCCCCCGAUAUAUCCUUCGAUGUCCACCAGCAUGACUCAGCGUAUGACAGCACAGAUCCUGAUGUUGAUUGUGACUGCAUGGAAGCUGAGAGCCAGACUCAAGAGGACAACAUGAUGCCACGUGGGAGCCCAGGCCUAAGCAAGAUGGGACGCUCUGACAUUCAGUCUUGUUCCUCUGAUGCUAUUUUUGACGCUUUCACAAAUCCUUUCAAUCGUCGGUGCUCUGAGCCCUCCAUUUUUCCCUCUGCCCCCAUUACGGGUUUAAGAGAACUUGCCCGCAGCCAUGACGAUUUUUCAACAGAAAAGGAAGACUUUGACAACCAACCACUCAAAAAGCAGAACUCAGAUGACUCCUUCUUGCAUCCCCACCACUGUGAGAACAGAAGAUCCCAAAUGUCUCUCAAGAAAGUGGUUGGGAGUUUGAACACGCCCAUCAGUGUGUCUUCUCCAACAUCUAAGGCUGGUUCCUGCCCAUCGUUUUGUUCCUCAGAUAGCACCUCCUCAAAUCUCUCAGAGCAAUCAACCACCACUUCACCACUGCCAUCCCCUGCAAGCCCUCGCAAAAGCCAAUCUACUAGGCAUUCAUCCUUUAUGAGUAAGUCUAAAAAUAACCAUGCCCCAGGAGACCUGGAAGUGAGCCGACGAUCCUUCUCAAUGAGGGCCAAAAGCCUUGGAAACUUUACAUUUAACAGAGGCAGUCUGAAAAAAGGGGACUCUCAGAAAGAAGUUGCCUUCCCUUGUGAAACUCUCCAAGAGGACUCACAAAAUGAGACAGAGAACAUUGAUGAGCUUGUUCGCCGUCGCCGGCCUCUCUCUGCCAUUGAAGUCUUCCAACAUGUGGAUAGUCGUAUGCCAUGCAGCCCCCCAUCCUAUGAGCAGGCGCUGCAGACCGGAGGACAACCGGCCCCUCCACAGUACAGGGCCAUGACUGUCCAACACGCCAGAGAGCUGGGCAGGAAAUCUCGUCCCAUAUCCAUGAACGACAACCUAUUGGAUGUUUACAAAGUUAACGAACCCACAGAACACAUAGAAACAUUCACAGAGAGUGUUCAAUUAGUAGAACCACAGCCGGUUUCAUUCCGGCAGAGGGCAAUGUCCGAGUCGGUAUCCCAGACGAGGCACGACAGAGUGUCGCGCAGGUGUAGUCAGCCUGUAUUUGAGGAGUUCUCCUAUGCAAAGGAAUCUUAUGUGUGAGUGUUUCUUUCUUAAUUGCAAUACUGAACUCUUGCUAUGAUUUAAAGGUGAAGUGUGUAAUUUGUGUGCCACUAGUAUCACCUUGUUAUCAAACAGGUUUCCUUAACACUCCUCCCAUCAGUCACAUAGCCCUGCCCCAAACUCACAUCAUUGCCUCGUCAGGAUAAUCAACCAAACAGAGCAAUGUUUUGAUAGUGCCACAAUGUUUAUACUUUUCAGGAAAAUAAACCCAUAUAUGGCUUACUUAUAGUUAAGCUGGGAUAGUAGAACUUUUAACAGAAAAACUGCACACUUCAGCUUUAAAAAAAACCUGCAACUGUUAAGCUCAACUGUUUGACUUAGUGACACAUAGAAUACAAUGUGUUACAGUGAUUUUAUAUGCUAAUAUCUAAUCAUUUUAAACUCUUGCCAGUAUGAAGCUAUGUAAAUAGACAUUUACAACAAUUAAAUUGUAUAAUAUAAUAAAAUAGUUUAUGGUGGUAUCAGAAUAAUUUUGAUGUAGUCCCAAUGUACAGCUGUAAAUUACAAGAUUUCUGUAAUAUUGCUACUCUUUUUUUCACUACAAUAAAGAACUUUAGAGGCCAAA